AUAUAUACAUUAUUUCUUCAGGAGAUACAGUGCAAUCACAAAGUGGGAGAUGGUCGGUGGCCCCAAGAGAACACUCCUCCACAAAGACCAAGAAGACAAGGAGAAGUCCCUAUAACUGGAUCAUAACCAGUGGCAAUAGCCAGGCCACUGCUAUGACUGAAGCCAUGUCUAAGAAGAGAGACCCUCCAAAGACAUUCUCAGCACUUGUGAUAGAAGAACCAGAUUCAUCAAGACGGACGACACCGUACAACUGGCUCUUAUCCUCCACCCAAAAGGCCUCCACCUCAAAGGCUUGGUCGGAUCCAGUCUGGGAUUUCGACAUGAGCCAGAUAACCCCGUCAACACAGGACAGACAGAAGGCCACUGUUGUUGACAAUACUCCUCCUGAGGAACAGCCCGACGAGAUCGGCGGAGAUGGCCACACACCCACUGGUGUUGAUAUUCACUCUGUGGAUGAAGGCCAGAUGGGCACUGAUACGGAUGUUGACAAUACUCCUCCUGAGGAACAGCCCGACGAGAUCGGCGGAGAAGGCCACACACCCACUGGUGUUGUUUCACAUUUCCUUCUCGCAACCACAUGUUUAAUCAAUGUUCUCUUAACGCUUCACAAACACACUUGA